AGCUGAACUCCCCUGUGGGGAUUUAAAAAACCCCCAAAACACUGUUGAUUCCUUCAUCUCUGGGAGAACAGGUGGGAACUCCAAAGAUGUUUGCUUAUCGCAGUAGAGGGCUGGCCAGAGUUGGGCCAGCUGUUGAGUCCUGGUAAAAGAUCAGGGGCAAUUAUGUUCUGCAGUAAAAAGAAAUUACUUGAAGUGGAACGGAGAGUGAAAGCCAAUGACCGGGAAUAUAAUGAAAAGUUUCAGUACGCAGAUAAUCGUAUCCACACAUCCAAGUACAACAUUCUCACCUUCUUGCCAAUUAAUUUAUUUGAACAGUUCCAAAGAGUGGCAAAUGCCUAUUUCCUUUUCCUUCUGAUUUUACAGCUAAUUCCAGAAAUCUCCUCCUUGACUUGGUUUACCACCAUUGUGCCUUUGGUCCUGGUGAUAACUAUGACAGCUGUCAAAGAUGCCACAGAUGACUAUUUUCGCUACAAGAGUGAUAAUCAAGUGAAUAAUCGGCAGUCUGAAGUGCUCAUCGACAGCAAAUUGCAGAAUGAAAAAUGGAUGAACGUCAAAGUGGGAGACAUCAUUAAAUUAGAAAAUAACCAAUUUGUUGCUGCUGAUUUGCUUCUCCUAUCAAGCAGUGAGCCGCAUGGUCUCUGUUAUAUUGAAACUGCCGAGCUUGAUGGUGAAACGAACCUUAAAGUCCGCCAUGCACUAUCAGUUACCUCAGAACUUGGAGCAGAUAUUAGCAGACUUGCAAGGUUUGAUGGGAUUGUUGUCUGUGAGGCACCUAACAACAAGUUAGAUAAAUUCACAGGAGUCCUCUCGUGGAAGGGCAGCAAAUACUCCCUCAGCAAUGAGAAGAUAAUCCUGAGAGGCUGCGUCCUGAGGAACACCAGCUGGUGUUUCGGACUGGUUAUUUUUGCAGGUCCUGAUACUAAACUAAUGCAGAACAGUGGUAAGACAAAGUUUAAAAGGACAAGCAUUGAUAGAUUGAUGAAUACUCUAGUGCUAUGGAUUUUUGGGUUUCUGGUAUGCCUGGGAAUUAUUCUUGCAGUAGGAAAUUCAAUCUGGGAGAAUCAAGUUGGGGAGCAGUUCAGAACUUUCCUCUUUUUGAAUGAAGGAGAGAAGAACUUUGUGUUCUCGGGAUUCUUAACAUUCUGGUCCUAUAUUAUUAUUCUCAAUACAGUUGUACCCAUCUCAUUAUAUGUGAGUGUGGAAGUAAUUCGUCUGGGACACAGUUAUUUUAUAAACUGGGAUCGGAAGAUGUAUUACUCUGGGAAAGCCACACCUGCUGAAGCUCGGACGACCACGCUCAAUGAGGAGCUGGGCCAGAUUGAAUAUGUUUUCUCUGACAAAACGGGGACCCUUACUCAAAAUAUCAUGACUUUUAAAAGAUGUUCCAUUAAUGGGAGAAUCUAUGGUGAAGUACAUGAUGAGCUGGAUCAGAAGACAGAAAUAACUAAGAAAAAAGAGCCUGUGGAUAUCUCAGUCAAAUCUCAAGCAGAUAGAACAUUUCAGUUCUCUGACCACCAUUUGAUGGAGUCCAUUAAGCUGGGCGAUCCCAAAGUGCAUGAGUUCCUUAGGUUACUUGCUCUCUGCCAUACGGUAAUGUCAGAAGAGAAUAGUGCAGGACAACUGAUUUACCAAGUUCAGUCACCUGAUGAAGGGGCUCUAGUGAAUGCUGCUAGAAAUUUUGGGUUCGUUUUUAAGUCUCGGACCCCAGAGACAAUAACAAUAGAAGAAUUGGGAACACUAGUUACUUAUCAAUUGCUUGCCUUUUUGGACUUCAACAAUAUAAGAAAAAGGAUGUCUGUCAUAGUUCGAAACCCAGAAGGACAGAUUAAGCUUUAUUCCAAAGGAGCAGAUACUAUUCUGUUUGAAAAACUUCAUCCUUCCAAUGGAGACCUUCUGACUCUGACAUCAGACCAUCUUAGUGAAUUUGCAGGGGAAGGCCUUCGAACCUUGGCCAUUGCGUACAGAGAUCUGGAUGACGCGUACUUUAAAGAGUGGCAUAAAAUGCUUGAAGAUGCAAAUACUGCCACAGAUGAGAGGGAUGAACGGAUAGCGGGGCUGUAUGAAGAAAUUGAAAAAGAUUUGAUGCUGCUAGGUGCUACUGCUAUAGAAGAUAAGUUGCAAGAGGGUGUUAUUGAAACAGUUUCAAGUUUGUCACUAGCCAAUAUUAAGAUAUGGGUCCUCACAGGAGACAAACAAGAAACUGCUAUAAACAUCGGUUAUGCCUGCAACAUGCUGACUGAUGACAUGAAUGAUGUGUUCAUCAUAGCAGGGAAUACUGCCAUAGAAGUGAGAGAAGAACUCAGGAAAGCAAAGGAAAAUUUGUUUGGACAAAAUAGAAGUUUUUCCAACGGCCACGUAGUUUGUGAAAAAAAGCAGCAGCUGGAGCUGGACUCUGUUGUAGAAGAAACAGUAACAGGAGAUUAUGCCUUAAUCAUAAAUGGCCACAGUUUGGCCCAUGCACUAGAAAGUGAUGUGAAGAAUGACCUCCUGGAACUUGCCUGCAUGUGUAAGACUGUGGUUUGCUGCAGAGUCACCCCACUUCAGAAAGCCCAAGUAGUAGAGCUGGUGAAGACACACAGAAAUGCUGUCACUUUGGCCAUUGGUGAUGGAGCCAAUGACGUCAGCAUGAUUAAAAGUGCUCACAUUGGCGUUGGCAUCAGCGGCCAAGAAGGUCUGCAAGCCGUCUUAGCCAGUGACUAUUCAUUUGCACAGUUUAGAUAUCUCCAAAGGCUUCUCCUUGUCCAUGGAAGAUGGUCCUAUUUCCGAAUGUGCAAAUUCUUAUGCUAUUUCUUCUAUAAGAAUUUUGCAUUUACACUUGUACAUUUCUGGUUUGCUUUCUUCUGUGGUUUCUCAGCCCAGACUGUUUAUGACCAAUGGUUCAUCACCCUUUUUAACAUUGUUUACACAUCACUACCUGUUUUAGCCAUGGGAAUUUUUGACCAGGAUGUGAGUGACCAGAACAGCAUGGACUGUCCCCAGCUCUAUGAACCCGGACAGCUGAACCUACUUUUUAACAAGCAUAAAUUUUUCAUCUGCAUGUUGCAUGGAAUCUACACCUCAUUAGCCCUCUUCUUCAUCCCCUACGGGGCCUUUUACAACGUGGCUGGAGAAGACGGGCAACACAUUGCUGACUACCAGUCUUUUGCAGUCACCAUGGCCACGUCUUUGGUCAUUGUGGUCAGUGUGCAGAUAGCCUUGGAUACCAGUUACUGGACCGUCAUCAAUCAUGUCUUCAUCUGGGGAAGCAUUGCCACCUAUUUCUCGAUUUUAUUUACAAUGCAUAGUAAUGGCAUCUUUGGUGUCUUCCCAAAUCAGUUUCCAUUUGUUGGAAAUGCACGGCAUUCCUUGACCCAGAAGUGCAUCUGGCUUGUUAUUCUCUUAACAACAGUGGCUUCAGUUAUGCCAGUGGUGGCAUUCCGAUUUUUGAAGGUGGAUUUAUACCCAACCUUGAGCGAUCAGAUCCGCCGGUGGCAGAAGGCUCAAAAGAAGGCAAGACCGCUAAGUAGCCGAAGGCCUCAGACCCGCAGGUCAAGCUCAAGAAGAUCUGGAUAUGCUUUUGCUCACCAAGAGGGCUAUGGAGAGCUUAUCACAUCUGGAAAAAAUAUGCGAGCUAAAAAUCCACUGCCAACAUCAGGGUUGGAAAAGACACUUUAUAAUAGCACUAGCUGGAUUGAAAAUUUAUGUAAGAAAACCACAGACACAGUGGGCAGCUUUAGCCAGGAUAAAACAGAGAAACUGUGAGUCAAGACGAAUUUGAACUAUACAGUUAUCUUUUCACUUCAGGUGGAGCUGAAAAUUCAGCUGGCUCGAGUUUGGGAGCCGGAGCUAGAGGUGGGGCAGGUUGCCCCACUUGAUUUCAACCUGUGCCAGACAGCUGCCAGUGCCUAUCACGAAGGGGUGUGCUCUACAGAAAACUAAGCCAGAUGGUCACUGUCUAAUUUGUGAUUUGGUCAACAAAAUCCUCACAGUACAAGCACAGUUUUUUUUUUUUUUUAAAUCAACCUAGAUACCAAUUAACCUGAAUUUCAAAAUCUUAUUUAUGGAGAAAAACUUGUAAAUUUGUGUAGACAUUGAAUGACUACUCAGGUAGACAAAAGGAUGCCUCUCAAAGGUAUAUAUCCAAGCUGAAAAGCAUGCUGGUUGACAGAUAGACACGUCUGUGGAGGAGCAGCCUUCCCCAAGGUACACUUUCAAGAUUUAGAGUGUGUACUAUGGUACUUUCACGCUAUGAGUUGGGUGUCACUAUUUAGUCUUGACGUCCACCUGCCUGUUCAUACAGGACAGCAAAUCACUUUCAUGCUUGGAGAAUAGAAAAGCAUGUUUGUAUCUUCAUUUUUCUACCAGUCUAGGGACAAAGUAGACUGAGUAUCUUUACAGCUGGGUCAGCCGGUAAUUUGGUCAGUGUAAUUCAAAGAGCUCUCAAACUAAAGGCACAAGUUCAUGAAAUGUCAAAGAGGGGCUCUCUAUGAAGUAUUCUAAACACUUUUCAAUGGCUUUUGUAACUUCAGCAGUAAUUUGCUGAGCAUCACACAGACCAUGAAUGGAAUCAGCAAAGCAUUGAAAUUUCACAUUUUGAUAGUAUUCUGUAUCACCUUCAACAUUUCCGGUUUUAAAAACUUCAGAACUGAAACCAGACGAAUUAAUAAACAUCUUUAAUUAUUAUAUCCUCAGAUCUAGGUCAUUUAGAGUUAGUUGCUUUUGAUACUUAGCUGUCAUAUUUAGAAUUCAACAUACAUGGAGAUGAGGUUGGUUUUUUAGAAAUAUUUCCGCUCAAGUUUUCAGACCACGUGUGAGUCACCAGGGUAUUUCUUAUAAAACAAUUCAGGCAGAUGUGUGUUUACCUCCCUGUUCUGUUGCUUUUUACCUCUAUAACCCUAAGCAGGUAAUGCGCCUUCU